AGCUUUUGCCUUUCACUCCACACCUCGUCAUCUUCAAUCUCUGCCUCCUGCUUCCUUGCAUCACUUCUUCUCACUCUACUAAACUAGGGAAUGACACAGAUAAACAGGCGUUAUUGGUCUUCAAAAACCAGAUAACCCAUGACCCUUUUGCCACGCUAAGCAAUUGGAACGAUUCGGUCCAUUUUUGCCAGUGGAACGGGGUUAUUUGCAGCAGUCGACAUGAGAGGGUCGUGGUGCUAGACCUCUGGUCCAGGAACUUGACAGGUACUAUCUCUCCGCAUAUAGGAAACUUGACAUUCUUGAGGAAUGUCAAUCUGCGGUAUAAUUACUUCCAUGGCAAGAUCCCAAAAGAAAUGGGAAGUCUGUAUCGACUUCAAGUGAUCGGACUGACCCAGAAUCUUUUGCAAGGUGGGAUUCCAAUAAAUCUCACUCAGUGCUCGGAGCUGAGGAUUCUCGAUUUAGUCGCAAACAGCCUCGAAGGAAGAAUUCCGCCGGAGCUGGGCAAGCUUGAAGAGCUUACGGGAUUAGGACUUGCAGCCAACAACUUGACAGGUCCAAUCCCGAAAUCACUUGCCAACCUCACGUUUCUCAGGGAAUUUUCUCUAUCUGAAAACAGACUCAGUGGCGACAUUCCUAAAGAGCUCGGCCAGCUGAGGCAGCUCCGCAUGUUCCAAAUCUCCGCAAACGGAUUCUUGACAGGUUCAGUUCCUGCUCAGCUCUUCAAUCUCUCUCUUAUGGAGUACUUCGCUGUGUCUGAGAACCAACUUGUCGGAGAAAUUCCAACUGAUAUAGGAUUUUCUCUUCCAAACGUUCGGGGGCUUCUCUUGGGAAAAAACCACUUUUACGGUUCAAUUCCAAGCUCCAUAACUAAUGCAAGUAAGCUCGAGAGGCUUUUUAUUCCAUUUGGCCAGUUGACCGGUUCAAUACCUCAAGAUUUGGGGAAGUUGAAAAACCUCGUGAGGUUGAAUCUAGGGAUGAACAAGCUUGGAAACGGUGAAGGGAAUGACCUUGGAUUUCUUUCCUCGUUAGUGAACUGCACGAAACUUGAGGUCCUCGCCUUCAACAACAACAGUUUCAGUGGGGUUCUGCCAAAUCACAUAACCAAUCUCUCUACAAACCUCAAUUACCUUCUGAUGGGGGCCAAUAGAAUUUCUGGUAGCAUCCCGAACGACAUUCAAAAGCUCGAAAACCUGAUCGCGAUCGGCAUGGAGGAGAAUCUCUUUACCAGACAAAUCCCUGCCUCCAUUGGGCUUAUCAAGAACCUGCAGGUUUUGUCAAUUUUCGGCAACAAAUUUUCGGGGCAAAUUCCUCAAUCAAUUGGUAAUCUUACUUCCUUGGUAGAACUUGGCUUGCGUGACAAUUCUUUCCAGGGAAACAUACCUUCAACCCUGGGAAACUGUCAGAGUCUUCAGAGGCUCUCUAUGGCAAAUAAUAAUCUUUCAGGUACUAUACCUAAAGAGGUCAUUGGUAUUUCUUCCAUAACAGAUUGGUUAGACUUGUCUGCCAAUAAGCUAACCGGCCCGAUACCGAUAGAAUUAGGAAAAAUGAGACAGAUCACACUUCUAGACUUAUCAGACAACAGACUAUCAGGAGAGCUGCCUAGUUCCCUCCUAAGCUGUGAUAGCUUGGAAUUCUUGCAUCUAAGAGGAAAUCUUUUCCGGGGAUCGAUUCCUUCCUCCUUAAAAAGUCUUAAAGGGAUUCAAGAACUCGAUCUCUCGGGCAACAACUUCACAGGCAAAAUCCCCAAUUUCCUCACCUCUCUAACCUUCCUGAAAAAUUUGAACUUGUCGCUCAAUCAUCUGGAAGGUGAGGUCCCCAAAGGUGGAAUCUUCGAGAACGCGAGUGAAAUCUCAAUUGCAGGAAACAGUAAUCUUUGUGGGGGCCCAGUGGCAUUGCAUCUGCAGAAAUGCACACUCCACAGAGUACAUUCCGGGAAGUUGUGGCGACAUUUGUAUUUCAGGAUAUUGACAAUCCUCAUAGUUUCUGUCGGAACAUGCGCAAUCUUGAUAUGUUCCAUUUUCCUACUUUAUAGGAAGAAAAGUGUUAGGAGGAGGAAAUCAUUCGAGACGACUCCUACGGAGGAUGAAAAGAAAUUUCAGAAGAUCACAUAUGCUGAGCUUUCCAGAGCAACAGAUGGCUUCUCUUCAGCUAAAAAGAUAGGAACCGGCAGUUAUGGUUCAGUGUACAAAGGAUGCAGCGGAGAAUCGGUUGUUGCAGUGAAAGUGCUCGACCUCCAGCAACGCGGAGCUUCGAAGAGCUUUAUAGCAGAAUGCAAAGCCUUAAGAUCCAUCCGGCAUCGUAAUCUCUUGAAGAUAGUCACUUCUUGUUCAAGCAUUGAUUUUUCUGGGAACGAGUUCAAGGCGUUGGUCUACGACUACAUGCCGAAUGGCAGCCUGGAGAAGUGGCUGCAUGUAGAUAAUGCAGAUGACCGGGAUUCUGGCCGAAGGCAACUCAGUUUUGUGCAGAGGGUGAGCAUAGCCAUUGACAUAGCUCAGGCUCUGGACUAUCUCCAUCACCAUGCGGACCCUCCAGUUGUUCACUGUGAUCUUAAGCCGAGCAAUGUCCUCCUCGACAACGACUUGACCGCACAUGUCGGCGAUUUUGGAUUAGCGAGGCUUCUCUAUGAUAAGAACCCUCAGAUUCAAUCGAGCCUGAGUGCUGGUGCCUUUACGGGUACUAUUGGAUAUGUUGCUCCAGAAUAUGGAAUGGCUGGUGAGAUUUCAACUAGGGGGGAUGUGUACAGCUUUGGGAUUCUAGUGAUGGAGAUGUUCACUGGGAAGAAGCCAACUGAUGAGAUGUUCAUGGAAGAUCUCACCCUCCAUAGCUAUGUGAACAGGGCUAUUCCGGAUGGAGUGGCCGAAAUAGUCGACUCGAGACUACUCGAAGAAGUCUUCCACCAUCGAGACAUCCACUGGGCAACCACUUCGAGACAGCAAAGCAAAGCUCAAGAGAGCCUGACCUCCAUACUGAAAAUCGGUACCUUAUGCUCUGCCGAACAGCCCGGAGAACGACUUGACAUGAAGGAGGUCGUCGUGAAGUUGCAAUCACUCAGAGAAAUGAUCUGGAAUGACACAGAUAAACAGGCCUUAUUGGCCUUCAAAAACCAGAUAACCCAUGACCCUUUUGCCACGCUGAGCAAUUGGAACGAUUCGGUCCAUUUUUGCCAGUGGAACGGGGUUAUUUGCAGCAGUCGACAUGAGAGGGUCGUGGUGCUAGACCUCCGGUCCAGGAACUUGACAGGUACCAUCUCACCGCAUAUAGGAAACUUGACAUUCUUGAGGAAUGUCAAUCUGCGGUAUAAUUACUUCCAUGGCAAGAUCCCGAAAGAAAUAGGAAGUCUGUAUCGACUUCAAGUGAUCGGACUGACCCAGAAUCUUUUGCAAGGUGGGAUUCCUAUAAAUCUCACUCAGUGCUCGGAGCUGAGGAUUCUCGAUUUAGUCUUAAACAGCCUCGAAGGAGGAAUUCCGCCAGAGCUGGGCAAGCUUGAAAAGCUUACGGGAUUAGGACUUGCUGUCAACAACUUGACAGGUCCAAUCCCGAAAUCACUUGCCAACCUCACGUUUCUCAGGGAAUUUUCUCUAUCUGAAAACAGACUCAGUGGCGACAUUCCUAAAGAGCUCGGCCAGCUGAGGCAGCUCCGCAUGUUCCAAAUCUCCGCAAACGGAUUCUUGACAGGUUCGGUUCCUGCUCAGCUCUUCAAUCUCUCUCUUAUGGAGUACUUUGCUGUGUCUGACAACCAACUUGUCGGAGAAAUUCCAACGGAUAUAGGAUUUACUCUUCCAAACGUUCGGAUGCUUUUCUUGGGAAAAAACCACUUUUACGGUUCAAUUCCAAGCUCCAUAACUAAUGCAAGUAAGCUCGAGUGGCUUUUUAUUCCAUUUGGCCAGUUGACUGGUUCAAUACCUCAAGAUUUGGGGAAGUUGAAAAACCUCGUGAGGUUGAAUCUAGGGAUGAACAAGCUUGGAAACGGUGAAGGGGAUGACCUUGGAUUUCUUUCCUCGUUAGUGAACUGCACGAAACUUGAGGUCCUCGCCUUCAACAACAACAGUCUCAGUGGGGUUUUGCCAAAUCACAUAACCAAUCUCUCUACAAACCUCAAUUACCUUCUGAUGGGGGCCAAUAGAAUUUCUGGUAGCAUCCCAAACGACAUUCAAAAGCUUGAAAACCUGAUCGAGAUCGGCAUGGAGGAGAAUCUCUUUACCAGACAAAUCCCUGCCUCCAUUGGGUUUAUCAAGAACCUGCAGGUUUUGUCAAUUUUCGGCAACAAAUUUUCGGGGGAAAUUCCUCAAUCCAUUGGUAAUCUUACUUCCUUGGUAGAACUUGGCUUGCGUGACAAUUCUUUCCAGGGAAACAUACCUUCAACCCUGGGAAACUGUCAGAGUCUUCAGAGGCUCGCUAUGGCAAACAAUAACCUAUCAGGUACUAUACCUAAAGAGGUCAUUGGUAUUUCUUCCAUAACAGAUUGGUUAGACUUGUCUGCCAAUAAGCUAACCGGCCCGAUACCGAUAGAAUUAGGAAAAAUGAGACAGAUCAUACUUCUAGACUUAUCAGACAACAGACUAUCAGGAGAGCUGCCUAGUUCCCUCGCAAGCUGUGAAAGCUUGGAAUUCUUGCUUCUAAGAGGAAAUCUUUUCCAGGGAUCGAUUCCUUCCUCCUUAAAAAGUCUGAAAGGGAUUCAAGAACUUGAUCUCUCGCGCAACAACUUCACAGGCAAAAUCCCCAAUUUCCUCACCUCUCUUACCUUCCUGAAAAACUUGAACUUGUCGUUCAAUCAUCUGGAAGGUGAGGUCCCCAAAGGUGGAAUCUUCGAGAACGCGAGUGAAAUCUCAAUUGCAGGAAACAAUAAUCUUUGUGGGGGCCCAGCGGCAUUGCAUCUGCAGAAAUGCACACCCCCCAGAGUUCAUUCCGGGAAGUUGUGGCGACAUUUGUAUUUCAGGAUAUUGAUAAUCCUCAUAGUUUCUGUCGGAACAUGCGCGAUCUUGAUAUGUUCCAUUUUCUUACUUUAUGGGAAGAAAAGUGUUAGGAGGAGGAAAUCCUUCGAGACAACUCCCAUGGAGGAUGAAAAGAAAUUUCAGAAGAUCACAUAUGCUGAGCUUUCCAGAGCAACAGAUGGCUUCUCUUCAGCUAAAAAGAUAGGGACCGGCAGUUAUGGUUCAGUGUACAAAGGAUGCAGCGGAGAAUCGAUUGUUGCAGUGAAAGUGCUCGACCUCCAGCAACGUGGAGCUUCGAAGAGCUUUAUAGCAGAGUGCGAAGCGUUAAGAUCGAUCCGGCAUCGUAAUCUCUUGAAGAUAGUCACUUCUUGUUCGAGCAUUGAUUUUGCUGGGAACGAGUUCAAGGCGUUAGUCUACGACUACAUGCCGAAUGGGAGUCUGGAGAAGUGGCUGUAUGUAGAUAAUGCAGAUGACCAGGAUUCUGGCCGAAGGCAGCUCAGUUUUGUGCAGAGGGUAAGCAUAGCCAUUGACAUAGCUCAGGCUCUGGACUAUCUCCAUCACCAUGCGGACCCUCCAGUUGUUCACUGUGAUCUUAAGCCGAGCAAUGUCCUCCUCGACAAUGAUAUGACCGCCCAUGUCGGCGAUUUCGGAUUAGCAAGGCUUCUCUAUGAUAAGAACCCUCAGAUUCAAUCGAGCCUUAGUACUGGUGCCUUUAAGGGUACUAUUGGAUAUGUUGCUCCAGAAUAUGGAAUGGCUGGUGAAAUUUCAACUAGGGGGGAUGUGUACAGCUUUGGGAUUCUAGUGAUGGAGAUGUUCACUGGGAAGAAGCCAAUUGAUGAGAUGUUCAUGGAAGAUCUCAGCCUCCAUAGCUAUGUCGACAGGGCAAUUCCGGAUGGAGUGGCCAAAAUAGUCGACUCUAGACUACUUGAAGAAGUCUUCCACCAUCAAGAAAUCGACAGGACAACCACUUCGAGAGAGCAAAGCAAAGCUCAAGAGAUCUUGACCUCCAUACUGAAAAUCGGCACCUUAUGCUCUGCCGAGCAGCCCGGAGAACGACUCAACAUGAAGGAGGUCGUCGUGAAGUUGCAAUCACUCAGAGAAACGAUCUAAAAUCUAUGGAUGUGUAAUCGAUAGC